CAAAAAAUCAGGAAAUUGUCCUCUUAAAGUGGAUUAAGGAGCUUACUGCAAGUGGCUACGCUCCUAGCCAUCGGAUAUUACGUGAGGUUGCAGACGAAGUUCGGUCAAAUAAGUGUCGCGUUUUUCAGCCUCAACACCUACAACUACAACAACAACCUCAAACUCAACAACCUCAAAUACCUAACUUACCUCUUGGGCAAGAGUGGGUGCCACGAUUCAUUCAAAGGCAUCCUAACUUACGUGUUAAGUUAGGACGUAGAGUUGAGGCACAGAGGAUGAAUGGGGUUACAAAGCAGGUGUUAAAGGGGUGGUUUGACGCGUACAAGGGCCUUAUAACAGAGCAAAAAAUCGAAAACUACAACACCUACAAUAUGGAUGAGACUGGAUUUUCAAUUGGAACUAUGCAAUCUACACGAAUUAUAGUCGAUUCUACACUCCGUACGCGUUUUCAAGCUCAUCCUGGCCGACAGGAAUGGGUGUCUGCUGUUGAAUGCAUCUGUAUGGACGGAACAGCUAUUGAGCCCCUUAUUAUUCUUAAAGGACAGAACAUCCUACAAAGCUGGAUUCCGAAGGAGGUUAUACAAAAAUGGCACUUCUCUGCAAACACAAAAGGAUGGACAAGCAAUCUUCAUGGAUUAGAGUGGCUAAAACGCGUUUUUGAGCCCUCUACAAGAGCAAAAGCAACACAAAAUGGAAAACUACAACAACGCCUCCUUAUUUGCGACGGUCAUGAUAGCCAUAUAAGUGGAAGCUUUAUAUCACACUGUAUUCAAAAUCGAAUAUCGCUCCUUAUAAUACCUCCUCAUACAUCUCAUGUUCUACAGCCACUUGAUGUUGCAAUUUUUGGACCUUUAAAGAAACACCUUACAACAGCCCUCUCGCACCUAAAUGAAGCACAACUACUACGUAUACAGAAGUCGGAAUGGAUAGAGGCAUACAUUACUGCAAGAGCAGCUGCUUUUUCAAAUGUAAAUAUCACUUCUGCUUGGAGAGGGAGUGGGCUACAGCCAUUUCAACCACAAACAGUCAUUCGGGCAGCUACGCUUCCUACAACAGACGUUAUAUUAGAACGCCCACAUACUCCUACAGAGCAUGAUAUUUUUGAGAAGGUAUUCUUAAACAGCAGUCCACCUGAUUUUAAUACGCUCCAAAAAGCGAAUUCUGUGCUCUCUACAGCCUUAAAUCAAGGUGUUUUGAAUACUCCUACAAAGCGAUAUAUUCAUAAGUUAGCAGACGAGACAGAACGCCUUAAUACACGUAACACUCUUCAAAAAAGAGAGUGUGAUAACUUACGCUCAAUUAUUCAAAAGCGAAGAACACAGAAUAAGGGUAAAAGAGCAGUUUUAAAGGGUCAAUUCCACAUUUCUACAGAAGAACUCCGGUUGCAAGUUGUAGAAGCAGAAGCAGCAACAGCUACAGCUUCACAGAGGCCUAGAACAACGCCACGACCUAUAAAUGAAGCUAUAAUUGAGGAAAUAGAUGAAGAGAGUGAAGAAGAGCCUUUAGAGGAUGAUAUAGAUGAAUUAGGGUGGUAGUAAUUGAAUUAUUUGCGAUUUUCUAAGUUAGUGGUUUAGUAGAUUAGCCCUAGAUUUUGGUGGGGUAGCAGGUCCGGCCAUGUAGCAGGUCUGGCCAUGACCUACGUUACUACUCUAAUAACAUGUAACUUAGAACUUUAGAAAUAGACAAGC